GCUGGAGAUAAAGCCGUUAGUGCUAGAGGUUCUGUUUUAGUAUGGCUCCCUAAAAUGUUUGUAUUUCAGUCGGAAAUGGAAGUCGGACUUCAAGCACGCUAGAUGUUCCAGAACAGAUUAAUCUCUGUUGUUUCGACAUGAAAAUACGCCUCAACAGUUAAAGUUUACCUGCCGUUACAGAGGGAGGUAGAGUAACGUCGUUCGCCCCCUGUGUCAUCUUUACCUCUACAGUCUUGUCACACACGGACUCCACAGUAGCCUGUAUAACAUCUGUGUCAGAGGUGAUCCCACAAAAUGAAGAGACGACAGAAGCGUGUCUUGCAAAUGGCUUUCCUUUUUAUGGUGGCACUUAUAUUUUUGCCAAACGUUGGCUUGUGGUCACUGUACAGGGAGAAACACCUGAUGAAGUCACACGAAGCAGGAGAGCAGGGCUUCUCUCUGGGGCUGAGUGAUGGGCACAUCUACACGUGGACGGAUGGCUUAAGGAGGAUGGACUGGCAUGACAACGAGAGCAUCAGGAGGGACGAGCUUCGUGUUGGCAAAGGGGAACAUGGAAAGCCAUACCCUCUGACUGAAGAUGAGUGUGAUGACUCCGUGUACAAGGAGAACGGCUUCAACAUCUACGUUAGCAACAACAUUGCCUUGGACCGCUCUCUUCCAGACAUCCGCCAUCCAAACUGCAGACAGAAGCUCUAUUUGGAGAGCCUGCCCAACACCAGCAUCAUAAUCCCCUUCCACAACGAGGGCUGGUCGUCUCUGCUCCGCACCAUCCACAGCGUGGUCAACCGCACGCCGGACCACCUCAUCGCCGAGAUCAUCCUGGUGGACGACUUCAGCGACCGGGAGCACCUGAAGGAUCGUCUGGAGAAGUACAUGGCCCGUUUCCCCAAGGUGCGCAUCGUGCGGACCAAGAAGCGCGAGGGCCUGAUCCGCACCCGCCUGCUGGGCGCCUCUGUGGCCAAAGGGGAGGUGCUCACCUUCCUCGACUCCCACUGCGAGGCCAACGUCAACUGGCUGCCUCCGCUGCUCGACCAGAUAGCCCAGAAUCCCAAGACCAUUGUGUGCCCGAUGAUUGACGUCAUUGACCAUAAUCACUUUGGCUAUGAGGCACAGGCGGGCGACGCCAUGCGGGGGGCCUUCGACUGGGAGAUGUACUACAAGCGCAUCCCCAUCCCCCCUGAGCUGCAGAGCACGGACCCCAGCGACCCCUACGAGUCUCCGGUGAUGGCCGGCGGUCUGUUUGCGGUGAACAGACAGUGGUUCUGGGAGCUGGGCGGUUAUGACACUGGCCUGGAGAUUUGGGGUGGAGAGCAAUACGAGAUCUCUUUCAAGGUGUGGAUGUGUGGCGGCAGCAUGUACGAUGUGCCCUGCUCCAGAGUGGGGCACAUCUACAGGAAGUACGUGCCCUACAAAGUGCCCUCGGGGACCAGCCUGGCAAGAAAUUUGAAACGAGUGGCGGAGACGUGGAUGGAUGAGUACACCGAGUUCAUCUACCAGCGGAGGCCGGAGUACCGGCACCUCUCCACCGGGGACCUGAGCGCACAGAAAGAGCUGCGCAAGCACCUCAAGUGUAAAGACUUCAAGUGGUACAUGAAAAACGUGGCCUGGGACCUGCCCAAGUACUACCCUCCUGUGGAGCCACUACCCGCGGCCUGGGGAGAGAUACGCAAUGUGGCGUCGGGGUUGUGUAUCGACUCCAAGCAUGGCUCAACAGGCACAGAACUGCGCCUAGACGCCUGUCCGAAGGAGGGGGCCGAGCGCACGUGGGCUCAUGAACAGAUUUUUACUUUUGGUUGGCGGGAAGACAUCCGGCCCGGUGACCCUCUCCACACCAGGAAGUUCUGCUUGGACGCCAUCUCCCAGAGCAGCCCCGUCACACUGUACGACUGCCACGGGAUGAAGGGCAAUCAGCACUGGAGCUACCGCAAGGAUAAAUCACUCUUCCAUCAGGUAAGCAGCGGUUGUAUGGACAGCAGUCUCAGCGAUAAGAGGAUUUUCAUGAACAAGUGCGACCCGCUGUCGGAGACGCAGCAGUGGCUGUUCCAGAGAGUCAACGCCACCGUUUUGGACAAAUUCAACAGCCCCGCCAGCUCCUAGGCAUGCUGACAGCCUCCAUCCUGCCUCCUGAACACACACACAGCAGCCAAGCAAGCAGCUGUCUCCCAGCCCUCACAGGGUCCUCAGCGAUAGGUCUUAGCAGCAGAGCUGAACAGUUAGCUAACUGUGUGCAUGGGUGCAUACGUAUGUGUGUGUGUGUGUGUGUGUGUGUGUGUGUGUGUGUGUGUGUGUGUGUGUGUGUGUGUGUGUGUGUGUGUGUGUGUGUGUGUGUGUGUGUGUGUGUGUGUGUGUGUGUGUGUGUGUGUGUGUGUGUGUGCGUGUGUGCGUGUGUGCGUGUGUGUGUGUGUGUGUGCGUGUGUGUAUGUGUUUGAUCUGUCUGAGGCCCUUACGCUCUGGGAGUUGGACCAAAGUGGACCAAAAGUACUACACCCAGAGUCCAAAGCUGUGGAGACUGCAGUGGCUUUGUGAGAUGUGUGGCUGAUGAGGCCCAUGUAGGACCAUAACGAGCCCUUGCUGGUCAAGGAAAAUGCGGAGUGCCAACAUCUCUCUCACACUCUCUCUCUCUCUCUCUCUCUCUCUCUCUUACUCACGCUCUUUCUUAGUUAUGAGAUCACAUACUGAUCUGACUCUCUCUGAAUUCAUGAUAAAUAAGGAGGAAUUUGAAUUUGAUUUAUUUCCCAAUCACCUCAAGACUGCUCCUCCAUACUCUGAAGACGCAUAAUGAAGCUGGAUUUGGUGAGAGGUUCUGAAAGACAUUGUUUUGUAUCACUAUUUAUUUUACAUGGUUGUUUUGAUGUAUAUUUAUUUUGUAUUUAUUGGGUGUCAUUUUUUAUCAAUGUAAGUUAUUGUUAUGUACAUACUUAGGUUUUUUUUCUGGUUCCUGUGAUAGUAAGAUUCAAACUGCUGAUAAAGUGAU